CUGCAAAUAUAAAAGACAAAAUCUUCCUCCAUUUUCUCUGCAGGGUUUUUUGGGAAAAUCAAGAAAGCAGAGAUCUAAAAAAGAAAUGGGAUGUUUUCUUGGCUGUUUUGGUUUUACGACCAAGAAACAAAAGCGUAUAAAACCUUGUAACAAGUUCCAAGUGCAUCAAAAGUAUGUACAACUAGACUCUGAGAAGGCAAAUGCUGCAGAUUCUGUAAAUUCUGAACCCAGGGAUAAGCCUAAAGAAUCAUCAAAACCUAAGGUAAAAAAGAAAGUGAGCUUCAAUUUGAAUGUUAAGGCGUAUGAGAGAAUCCAAGAUGAUGACAACAACUCAACAUAUUUCUCAGAUGAAGAGAAGAAGACACAACGUGAAUACAAUGAACAAGAAACAGCAAAAUCAAGUAUGUCUAUGUACCCUUCAAGUUAUCGAUACUAUAACUGCAACUAUGAGGAAGACGAGAUAACACUUGAGGAAAGUGAUAUCGAUGAUCUUGAUGAAGAAGACUAUGGCGUUAGCGAUGAUGAUGAUGAUGAUGAUGAUGAUGAUAAUGAAGAUGGAGGUGACGAGACACAAAACAAGUAUGAAAAUGAUAAAAGGCUGAACAAGGAUGAAACAUAUGAAGUAGGUCAAGAUCAUAGGAAUGUGUAUGGGAAUUCUGUGCUACUUCCAGUUGAAAAUCUCACUCAAUGGAAAGCAGUUAAAGCUAGAGGAGCACAGCAAGUGAAACAUCAGAAGGAAAACAUUAUCAAAUCUGAUGGAAAACAAGAGAUACCUUUGCCUAGAAAGCCAGUAAUCAAUUGUGCAGACCUAAAUCCCAAAGAAAACUCUAAGCCUAAGCCCCAGGAAAUUGCAGUUGAUACGAGUCUCUCAAACUGGCUGGUUUCAGCAGGAGCAGCAACAGUAAAUCGCUAAAGAUCAUCAAGUUGUGAUUGAUGAAUCCAAUACCAUAUAAACAAAGAAAGUGCAGAGAAUGGCCUAAAUACAUUUGGAUUGAUAUUUGUGUAAAAUAUUGUUUGUCUUUAUGCUUGGACACAGUAUGUGUAACUCAGUGGAGGGCAUAUAUGGAAAUUUAAAUAAUUAUUUGUGGGACCCAGGUUGAAUGUAGGCAGGGGAAAAUUAGUUAUAAGUAUAGCAGAGGGGGUAGAGUAUUCUUUAUGCGGAAGUUGUCAAGUCUUAGCUCUUUGUUCUCAUCUCCCUUCUUCUAUAUUUCUCAUCUCCAAUUCUGUAUCAGUCUAAUUCUCAUCCCCUUUCUUCUUAGAUUUCUGUUGCUUUAUCCUUACUAUCGUUAGCAUCUACAUUGUAAUUACAAUUACUGUUGAGUUAAUAUAAUCAGUUGGUUGGGUGUAAUAUCGGAUUUGUUACA